UUCCGGUCGACGCUGCUCCUCCUGCUUGCCAUUCCAGCCAAGCCUUCGACGCUGUUCUUCUCUCACGCUCAGCUCAUCUUUCUGGCGACGCCGCUUUUCUCCCCGCCAACCUCCAACGCCUAUCUCUUGCUUGCAAGGUCUCUUCCCUGUUCUUGGAAUUGUUUGGAGAACUAUGUUUGAAGCUGUACCGUAAUCUUGUUGCCUUUUCAAAUGGCCAUUAAAAUAAAAGGUGCAUUAUUCCGGACUCCACAAGGGAAAAGUAAUGAAAUCUGUUUUACGUGCAUGUAUCAGCUCCUGUUGUAGGUUGUUUCUCAAGCAUCUCUCCAGAAGUCACCUUCUUUUCUCUUUUCUUUUUCUAAUCAGCUGCCAUUUGGUAAAGCCCUUCCUUCUUCCAAGAAGGAAAAAAAGACGAGGUGCCUUUCGAUAGAAUUCCCAUUUGAGAGAGAUGCUACUAGUUAAAACCUUCCCUCUCUUAUCAGUCAUCAGUAAGGCCAAAACCCCAUUGCGGUUAGGUCGGCAUUGCAAAUUCCGUUGCUGCUCCCCUUCUUUGAUAUUUUCCGGCGAUGGUAAUUGCAUCAGGUCCAGUCCCAGUUCCAUGCAGACAAUGACCCACCUUACCACCUUAGCAACUUCUCAAUCUACAUCUAUUUCCAAGACCUCUAGUGAAAGACUGUAUAAGAAAGCAAUGAAGAAAGCCCGCAUGGAAUUGCCUGAGAACAUUCUUAAGCACAAAUUGGAUAUGUGCUCAAGGCAUAGAAAACUCAUCGAGGCCCUUCAACUUUAUGAUGAAGCUAGGAGAAACGGGGUUCAGCUUUCUUAUCACCAUUAUAACGUGUUGCUUUAUUUAUGCUCUUUUGCUGCUGUUGGCUCGUUAGCUGAAUCAGAGGAUGGUGAAGAUGACGUGAAUGUCAAGAAUUUGGGCAUGACUAGGGGCAUUGAAAUAUACCAGCAAAUGAACAUUGACAAAGUUGCACCAAAUGAAGCAACUUUUACCAAUGCUGCAAGAUUAGCAGCAGCAAUGGAGGAUCCAGAAAUGGCUUUUGAUUUGGUGAAACAGAUGAAAAGUUCUGGUAUUCCACCACGAUUAAGGUCUUAUGGUCCUGCUCUCUUUGGUUUCUGCGAGAAGGGGGAAGCUAGCAAAGCAUUUGAUGUUGAUGCACAUAUGAUUGAAUGUGGAGUGGUUGCAGAAGAAUCGGAGCUUGCCGCACUCUUAGAAGUGGCUAUUGAGAGGAAGAUAGGAGAGAAGGUCUAUGAGAUGUUGCACCGAUUACGUUCCUCUGUGAGACAGGUCUCCGAGUCAACUGCUAAAGUUGUUGAAAAAUGGUUUAGGUCCGAUUAUGCUACAGAUGUUGGCAAAGAGACUUGGGAUGCUGCAAAGAUAAAGGAGGGAAUUGUCAAUGGAGGAGGAGGAUGGCAUGGGCAAGGAUGGCUUGGAAAUGGUAGAUGGAGGGUCACCAGGACUAAUAUGGACAUGAAAGGGGUGUGUCAAUCUUGUGAUGAGAAACUUGUUUGCAUCGAUAUUGAUCCAGCAGAAACUGCACACUUUGCUGGCUCACUUCCCAAAUUGGCUUGUCAAAAAGAGAGUAAAGUCAAUUUUCUCAAGUUCGAGGAAUGGCUUCGGCAGCAUGGUCCAUUUGAUGCAGUUAUAGAUGGUGCCAAUGUGGGGAUGCAAAAUCAGCACUAUUUCAGCUUUUUUGAUCUUAAUUCUACAGUAAAUCAGUUACGCCAGUUGAGCCCUUCAAAGAAAUUGCCAUUAGUCAUAUUGCAUCGAAGUCGUGUUCAUGGUGGUCCGGCUGAAGAUCCUAAAAACAGAAGAUUGCUGCAGAGAUGGAAGGAAUCUGGUGCACUUUAUGCAACUCCUGCUGGUUCAAAUGAUGACUGGUACUGGUUAUAUGCAGCAGUAAGCUGCAACUGUUUGCUGGUUACCAAUGAUGAGAUGAGGGAUCACCUAUUUCAGUUGCUUGGGACGAGUUUCUUUCCUAGAUGGAAGGAGAAACAUCAGGUUCGAACAUCAUUCUCACGUGGUGUUAGGCUCCACAUGCCCCCACCCUAUUCGAUCAUAAUUCAGGAGUCGGAAAAUGGAAGCUGGCAUGUUCCGACGGUCACCGGCGAUGACAUAGGGAAUCCUAGGCAGUGGUUAUGUGCUACUAGAGCUCGUAAUAUGUCGGCACGGUCUCCAUCCUUGGAACAAAUUUGGCGGGGUCAAUAAUACGUUGUUUAGGAAACAGUGAUCAUAUGUAACAUAUUAUUCUUAAAAAAUGUUUAGCAAAUUUUUACGAAAAGAGAAAGACACAGUUACACCGGAAGUCGUAAAAUUAUACAAAAUUUGAAUUUAGUGCAUUUUAAAAUA